UUGCCAAAUAGAUAUUCAGCAGAAAACGCCGGACCAGUUUCCGUCUCUACACUGACCAACAACCGCUCCAUGGCCUCCACCGCUCUCUCCUUUGCUUCUGCCGCUCCCAAUCUCUACCGGCGCCACCACAUUUUCCGGCCAAGUCACCACCCCAGAGUCCACAAGGUCCGGUGCAAUGCCGAGGAGCCCCCAACCAAUUCAUCCACCAAGCCCGACACCACCGAACCCGAAAAUGUGCUGCUCAAGAUGGCUUGGUAUGGCUCCGAGAUCCUUGGGAUUGCCGCUUCUUUUUUCCGUUCGCCGUCGAAUGUUGACGCUUCCGAUGGAGCUCUUGGGCUUUCCAUGGAUGGGUCUUGUUUAGUUGACCGAGCCGUGGUUGUGGAGACCAUUAAAGGGGACUUCCAGAGGUCAUAUUUCGUCACAGGAAACCUGACACUGGGUGCAUACGAGGACAACUGUGAAUUUGCUGAUCCAGCGGGUUCUUUCAGGGGGCUUCGUCGUUUUAAGAGGAAUUGUACUAACUUUGGCUCUCUUAUUGAAACAUCAAAUAUGAAACUUAUGAAAUGGGAGGACUUUGAGGAUAAAGGGAUUGGACACUGGCGUUUUAGUUGUGUGUUGUCCUUCCCAUGGAAGCCUAUUCUUUCAGCCACCGGAUACACGGAGUAUUAUUUUGAUUCACAAUCCGGAAAAGUAUGCAGGCAUGUCGAGCACUGGAACGUUCCCAAAAUGGCCCUAUUUAAGCAAAUUCUGAGGCCUAGCAAGGGUUGGAGUAAGAGAACUGGUGGUUGAAGCAUAGGAAGCAGUGGCGGAUGAUGUGCAUUCCCGGUUCCUGGUUCCUACAUACAAGGAGAUCAUAAGAGUGAGCGAGUCUCCAGCAAAGUUGUGCUCUUGCCUUUUGGGGAAUGUGUUCUGUAUGUAUGUAUUAUAAUGAAAUUUUCUCACAACAAUGUGAAGUUACAUCCUGUGAUCACUCUGUAAAUAGCCCCGUCAUCCUGUGGAAUUGAGACUCUGAAUACGAACAGCAGCAACUAUAUAUAUGCAAACGAGCUCUCCCUCCGUGAUGAAUUGCCACUUCAAUUUUUGUGGGUUCAGGAGAAGUUGUUCAACUUCUACCAUGCACGUGAUGAGAAUUGUUGCUUCAUUGUAUUGGAGAUGGUAUUCACUAUUCAGCCAUUUUGCUUCUUUUUUUCUCAUUCCCCAAGUAAUUAGGGGAAAGGAAAGGAAAGGAAUAGGCAUAGUUAAGUAGAGGUGGAAUUUCUAUUUCUAAGCAAUUGCUAAAUGGAAGACAUUUUUUUAUCGA